UAUAUAUAUGUUCGUUCUCCUAAAACUUCAUUCUCUUCCUCACUUCUCCUUCGUCUCUAAAAUAGAAGUGUUUUUUAUUUCUGAAAUCUCCUCAUCAACUAUCGAAGCUUCAGCUCUGUGACUGCGGUGUAUUGACGACGAAAAUUAAUUUGAAGAGCUUUUUCGAUUUGUGGUUUUGCUGAAAGGAUGUUGCAAGGACAGGAUCUCGCCCGCACUAUCGUCGGAAUUGUCGGAAAUGUUAUCUCCGGGCUACUCUUUCUCUCUCCAUGCCCUACAUUUUGGAGAAUACUAAAAAAGAAAGACUCGGAGCAGUUCCACCCAUACCCGUACAUCGCCUGUGUGAUGAACUGUCUCUUUUGGAUCUUCUAUGGUUUGCCGAUAGUUCAUCCUGACAGCACUCUUGUGAUAACCAUCAAUGGCGCUGGUCUUUUUCUGGAGCUAUGCUACCUCCUAAUUUUCUUCAUCUACACCAAUAAGAAGAACAGGGGAAUCAUAAUCCUCUUCCUGCUCGCUGAGUUUCUCCUCCUUGGCAUCGUUGCGGUUAUCACACUCUUAUGCUUCCACACCCACACCAGAAGGUCAAUGUUCGUCGGUAUCAUCUGCGUGGUGUUUGGUAUCAUUAUGUACGGCUCCCCACUUUCCAUCCUGAGAAGAGUGUUGAAGACCAAAAGCGCCGAGUACUUGCCCGGUUGGCUCUGCCUGGCUGGUUUCACCAACGGCACUGUCUGGUUUGCUUAUGCUAAUCUCAAAUCUUUUGACCCCUACAUUGCUACUGCCAAUGGCAUUGGCGCUCUCUUGGGCUUCAUCCAGCUCUCCGUCCUUGCUUACUACACUUGGAUCUACCCCAAAUUCCACAAGACCCAAAUUGACGUCAAGCCCGGCGCCGCCGCCGCCGCCGCCGAAGUCCAGCUCCAAAACACCGCCGGCAACCGCCCACAAGUUUAAUAAUUUCUUUAUGAUUUCUUUCUUUACCAUAUGCAUCUUCUAUUUUCAAGAUACAUUUUCUCUUUUAUGAACCAUUAUU